CCUCCAGUUCUCCCUUGCCUCUCUUCUCUUGGCAGUGAGCUGUACUUUAAGGCGCCUUCAACCACCAAAGCCCGUGUGAUCCGAGAAGUGAAGGCUGAUGCCAUCGGCAAGCUGGUGACCAUCCGGGGCAUCGUCACGCGUGUCUCUGAGGUGAAGCCUCGCAUGGUGGUGGCCACCUACAGCUGUGACCAGUGUGGGGCAGAAACCUACCAGCCGAUCCAGUCCCCUUCCUUCACGCCUCUCUUGAUGUGCCCAAGCCGGGAGUGCCAAACCAAUCGAUCCGGAGGCCGCCUCUACCUGCAGAGCCGGGGCUCCAAGUUCAUCAAAUACCAGGAACUUCGGAUACAGGAGCAUAGUGACCAAGUGCCGGUGGGGAACCUGCCACGCUCCAUGAACGUCAGUGUGCAAGGGGAGAACACACGCCUCGUGCAGCCGGGCGACCAUGUCAGCAUCACAGGCAUCUUUCUCCCUGUGCGACAGACAGGCUUCCGUCAGCUCCUGCAGGGCCUGCUCUCAGAUACAUUCCUGGAAGCCCAUCAUAUUGUCUGCAUGAGCAAGAGUGAGCAGGAGGAGCUGGGGGAAGGGGGGAUCAGUGAGGAGGAGCUGCGCCAGAUCACAGAGGAAGAUUUCUACGACAAGCUAGCAGCUUCCAUUGCCCCGGAGAUCUAUGGUCAUGAGGAUGUGAAGAAGGCGCUGCUACUGCUGCUGGUGGGGGGAGUGGACCAGAACCCCAGGGGCAUGAAGAUUCGGGGGAACAUCAACAUUUGCCUCAUGGGGGACCCUGGAGUGGCCAAGUCCCAGCUGCUCUCCUACAUCACCCGGCUGGCUCCACGCAGCCAGUACACGACGGGGCGUGGCUCAUCCGGUGUGGGGCUGACAGCUGCUGUGCUGCGUGACCCACUGACGGGAGAACUGACCUUGGAGGGAGGGGCCCUGGUGCUGGCAGACCAGGGUGUUUGCUGCAUUGACGAGUUUGACAAAAUGCUGGAGUCGGAUCGCACAGCCAUCCAUGAGGUCAUGGAGCAGCAGACCCUCUCCAUUGCCAAGGCAGGCAUCCUGACCACCUUGAAUGCUCGCUGUGCCAUCUUGGCAGCUGCCAACCCUGCCUAUGGGCGCUACAACCCCAAGCGGAGUCUGGAGCAGAACAUCCAGCUCCCAGCUGCCCUGCUCUCCCGCUUUGACUUGCUCUGGCUGAUCCAGGACCGCCCUGAUCGGGACAACGACCUCCGUCUGGCACAGCACAUCACGUAUGUCCAUCAGCACAGCCGGCAGCCCCCUUGCCACUUCCAGCAGCUGGACAUGGGCCUUAUGAGACGAUACAUUGCCCUGUGUAAGCAGAGCCAGCCAGCUGUGCCAGAGUCACUGGCAGAUUACAUCACAGCCGCCUACGUGGAGAUGCGGAAGGAAGCCUGGGCCAGCAAGGACACCACCUACACCUCGGCUCGCACGCUGCUGGGGAUUCUGCGCCUGGCCACUGCCCUGGCUCGGCUGAGGCGCGUGGAUAUGGUGGAGAAGGAAGACGUCAAUGAGGCCAUGCGCCUUAUGGAGAUGUCUAAGGACUCUCUCUUGGCAGACAAGGGACAACCAAGCAGGGCCCAGCGUCCCUCCGAGCUGAUCUUUGCAGCCAUCCGAGAACUGGUUCCCACCGGGGGAGCACGUUCUGUCCCCCUCUCCGAGGCCGAGCAGCGCUGCGUGUCGAAGGGCUUCACUCCAGCCCAGUUCCAGGCUGCUCUCAGCGAGUACGAGGAGCUCAACGUCUGGCAGGUGAAUCAGAAGAGGAGCCGUCUCACUUUUGUGUGACCCAUGCCGACCUGGGGGCGCUAGAAGAGGGGGCGGGGCGGGGUCAUGUCCCACAGCACUUUCCAAGCCGGAUUUUGCGCACUGCCUCCUGCUCUCCCCUCUUGGUAGUUUUUGGUAUGUUUUUUCCUUCAAUAAAGUCAUUUAUCUCUUAAAA